CGAGUUUUGUGUUUUUGCUUUGUUUGAAUUUAUAUUUCAAUUUUUGCUUCGUAAUCGAAACAACUCACACGUAGUCAAAUGGACUUUGACAAUGCAAAAGAAAAUAUACAGCCGUUGGCAACUGGCCGGAACGCUAGCCUGCUGCAAGCCUCGCUUUGCCAGGACGCUUCACAGGAAUUGUUGGUGCAACGUAAGCAGUUAGAGGACAAUAUUCGCCAAUACAAUGGCGACGAUCCUCUGGAGCCUUGGUACGCCUACAUUUGUUGGAUUGAACAAAGCUACCCGGCAGGCGGCAGCGGUUCCGGUCUUUUGAAAGUGAUGCACAAGUGUCUAACAGGCUUCGAGAAGAACGAGCGUUAUAAGCAGGAUCGGCGCUUCAUUAGGCUAUUUAUUAAAUUCAUGGAGAAGCAGGAGGAUCAAAUCGAGUGCUACCAGCAAAUGUAUAAUAAUGGAAUAGGCACAAUGGUAGCGGAUUUCUAUAUUGCUUGGGCCUAUAGUUACGAUUUGAGCGGUAAUUUUCGUAAGGCUGACGAAAUAUUUCGUCUGGGAAUAUCUUGUAGGGCCGAGCCGCUGGAGGAUUUGAAGGAGGCGCAUCAGCAUUUCGGGUUCACAGUGGGGCAGCGCCUCCUAUACACCGCAGGGGACGAGGCUGAGGCAGUGGCGCAGGAGCUGAAUGAACGUCGCUUGGCACUGCAGUCGCUGCAGGGUCAGCGGCGCAAGAAUACCGUGACCGUUGGCAGCAUUCGUACGGGCGCAGCAGUAAAGAGCCAUAUGCCAGGAGUUGUGCAAAAUGAUGGUCCCAGCACGAGUCGCGUCCGCAAUGUGGGUCGCCAGGUUGAGGUAUUUAACGAUGAGAAUGCUGAUGUCAAUAAUGCUCCCACUGCUGCUGGGAAUGAGGAUCAAGCAGCCGCUGAAGAGAAGUUUACUUUGCGCUCUAUAAUAGAUGCUGCGCGUCAUCAGGAGAAUCUCAAGGAGCCUGGUCCUUGGAACAAGGCUCAUGGUAAGGGGCAUAAACAUGGAGAGUUGUUCUCAAGCGGCGCUCACAACGAUUUGGCCUUCAAAAUACAUGUGGACGAGAACGCUUUGCCGCCCAUAACAAACUACGAACGCAACUUCGACAAACCGUUCAAGUAUCCGCCUAAUUUUGUGGCGAAGAAUCGCCCCCAAGCGCCUUGGAUAACGCCCGUAACCAUCGAGGAUGGGUCGACCAACAAAGAGCUGCCGCGGUACAACAUAUGUGCCCUCUAUCCGCGUCCCAACAUGGAACUAUCGCUGGAAGAGUAUCGUGCAUACUGCUUUCUUAAGCGACGCGAUCCACAGGCUCCGUUUGUAGUGCGCAACGAUCAAUGGUGGGGGACAGGAGCAAAAUAUGGUCUUCGUCGUUAUCCAAACUUUGCCACAGCUUCAAAACCGCAAACUCUCGAUAGCUCUGACAAAUACUGGAAGCCGGAUAUCGUGAAGGGCGUGCAAACGCCCCUCAGUAAGCUGUACAACGAUGAUGUGCAGCAGGAGUAUCAACUGGAGGAAAUUCUGGCCGCAAAGUGGCGCGAUAGACGUAAUUUAACCGUCUGUGGUCCCAUGGAUAUGGAAGAAACAAUUUGCCUGCCUGUUGAGCAAAUGCCAAGACGCAAGAGUUUCUUUCCAACAAUUGGUCCGCAAAGUGCUAGAAAAUCUUUGGCAGUAAUUGGUCGUAUGCCCAGAGUGUCUAUGGUGCGGGAGGAGGAGGGUGCAGAGUCUGCAGCUGAAGCGAGCCAACCCAGUGCCGCAAUUGCAGCAAUUGGUACAAAACCGAAAACAAAUAACUUUGACGAAUCUGCAGAGAAACCGAAAACUGUAGGCAUCUCUACAAGGAAUGAAGAAUCUGCACCGCAAGCAGAAGCAGUUAGUAGUCCAUUGGAUAACUUUGUAGUUCCAGCAUUGCCGGCAGCGUUUACAAAAAAAGAAAUAAAUCAGGAUGAUUUUACCCCAAAAACUGAAACAGCAAAGCCCGAAACUCUAAGGAACUCUACAAAAAAUGAAGAAUCUGCACCGAAAGCAAAAUCAAUUAGUCCCCCGGUGGAUAACUUUGUAAUGCCGGCAUUGCCGCCAUCGUCUACGAAAAUAGAAAUAUAUGAAGAUGAUUGUACCCCACCCGCUGCUUCCUCCAAGCCAGUUUCGACGGCCUUUUUCGAUUCUGAUGAAACUUGUUCCACGCAAAUGUUUAAUGUGUUCUUAAAAACGCAUGCGGUAAGCACGCCCAAGAUGGCGCAAAAGCAGGCCCCACCACGUCAAUUUGGAACUGUACUUAAGGAGCUUACUCCGCCGCCGCCACCUGAACCACUGACCGCUGACGAUGUCUCGCCAGUUGUUGGUGGCGAAGCUCUGUCGCCAUUAUUGCGCAAGCAGCUCUCUACGAUUCUGGAGACAUCGGAGCAUGCGGCCCAAAGCUCAGGCGCCACUACCAAGUCAUCUAACGCCUCCACCUCAUCAGCCUCCAACACUGCGGCCACUCUAACCAACAAAUCGGAAGUGACAAGGACUGCAUGUACUCCUGGGCCCAUGCGACUGCAGCGCGGGGCGUCUUCGGAUGUAUCGGUGCUUGAAAAUGAGGCUGUGGCUGUGCCUGUUGGUAACUUUACCCGCCUGGAGGCCUGGGAAGCCAAUGUUCCAAGUACGCCUCUCAUGAAAUCGCUUCGAUUCCAGGAAGACAAAACUGAAACAGUCCCCAAGCCAUUUGUGCGCUUUCAGGAGGACAAAACCGAGACGUUGCCUAAACUUCCGUCAACGGAAGUGAUAGCGAAUGCAUCAAAGUUGAUGCUACAAACAUCAGCGUUGACGCCACCGGUGCCUAUUGAUAACGAUGACGAUUUGUGCGAUUUUUUUUGCAAGUCGCCGCCAAAAGCGAAGCCGUUUACUUCGCCUCUGGCUCCAGUUAAUGCCAAGCGCAUUUGCGAUCAACGAACCCCUGAUUUUCAUGGCAGUUCCUUUAAGUCUUCCCAGGAUAGGGUCAAGAAUUCCUUUGCCAUGUUCGAGGAUGAAAUGUGCGCACUUUCAGCGCCGAAAUCGAGCGGUGUAAGCGAUAAGGCAAACACAAAAAGUGUAGCUGAUGCGCCCAGCGUAUGUCUCGAUAAAUUGGGAAACUCCUUUAUGUCCGACUUGUCGUUUGUGCCCGAAACGCAGCCGCCUGCGGCUCUUCCCACUGUUGGUUCUCAACCGACAACGUUGGAAAAACAAUUUGAAAUAUUUUUGGAUGAGACCAUUCCCGAAACAGCAGCGAAAGGUUCAAGCAAGAAAACUUGUACAUUGCCCGAGGCACAACAGUCAUUGAACGAGGCACCACACCGCACCCCACCUCGUAUUCCCAGCGUCCAGGACAAGGAAAAUUAUAUGAUCAAAAAAAGCUUUCCAGCUAUGGAAAAACAAGACACCCACUUAACGGCCACAUUUCUCAAAGACUGUUCGGAACUUGGAAUAUUCCCACCUGUGGAGACGCACAUUAAUAGCUCCAACAGCCAGAAGACUGCUAAAAAUGUUGCCGGCAAUUCUUCGCUUAAAUUCCUGAAUGAUUCGUUAUUAAAAUUCGAACAAUCGCCCAAUCCUCCAGUGGUCGCAAACACAUCUCCAAAUGAUUUUUUCGAGUUAAAUGCGGCCACAGAAAUGUUCGCGACUAACAUAAGCAUGAUCAAGAAUUCCACGCUCCUUUCGUCUGAGUCAGGCAAGCGCAGUGAGUCUCCUAAUUUGGAAUCGCUCUCAAUAUCUGAUAAGUCUAAGAACGAAGUAUGCGUCCCUUCAGUUCCGCAAUUAAGUGUCUGCAAUGAUAAAACAGGAGCGGGAGCUGUUGUGCCCAGCAGUAGAGGCGAGCAGUUGGCCAAAUCCUUAAUGGCUGACUUGUCGUUUGUACCUGAAACUCAGGUAGCUGCAGAGUUGCCCGGAAAAGUUACUUCAGUCGCAAAGCAUCAGAAACAGAUUGAAAUCUUCCUUGAUGAGACCAUGCCCGAAAUGCCGCCUCCGCCGCCAGCUAAAUGUCCCAGCUUCGAGUUAAGCUGCACGCUGCCUGAAACUCAAGAACCUGUGGUUGCGGCAUCGAGUGCUUUACCCCGCAUUGCCAUCAUUCAGGAUAUGGCGAACAGUUUUCAAAAGCAGCAACCAGUCGUGGAAAAUGAGUUGGGCAUAGCUUCAUCCUCCGCAAACUCUCGACUGGCUUCCCCAAAAAUGGCCCCCACACAGCCGACUAUCGGAUGCGCUGACGCCGAAAACGAUAUGAGCAUUUAUUAUAGAACCACACCGCUCUCGCCCAAACCUUCGCAUCAUUCCUGGCACGAAUCAAAUUUCGAUACACAAACCAACCAAAAGUUUGUCCAUCCCAAGAUCAAUGUAGAUCUUUCAGAGCUCAAUUGCACGCUGGCAAGCGAUAAUGUGAAUCCGUUCAAUGUGGAUCUCAUCAACUCUCUCCUGGACUCCAUAGAGUUUUCCAUGUACAUCGAAACGUUGCCCACUUGCCAGCUGGUUGGUCAUGUAAAACGACUGCAUCCCCAAUCCCCCGUCAGCGUGCAUAAUCUGAUGUUCGACGUCGUUAAGAUGAUUGGCAAGGGCGCCUAUGGAUCGGUGUUUAGUGGCAAGGAUGCUCAAACGGGUAGAAAAGUGGCACUAAAACAGGAACGUCCUCCCAACUACUGGGAGUAUUACGUGUGUCUUGAGGUGCAUAGUCGCCUCACUAGCGAGAAAAUGAUGCACGCCUACAUGCACAUCGACUAUGCUCUGGUGGGUAACAACAGCAGCAUUUUCAUAUCUGAUCUAUCGGAUUAUGGCUCACUGAUCACCGUCUGUAAUAAGAUUAAGAAGCAUACGGGAAAAAAUGUCGACGAAUAUGUAGUAAUGCAUUUAAGCUGUCAACUUCUGGACAUUAUCGAUCAUUUGCAUGCUAUGGGCAUUAUUCACGCCGAUAUUAAGGCAGACAACUUUUUGUUGAUGAAACCUUUGGCCAUAGAACCCAAUGAAAUAAGUUUACAGUUAAUCGACUUUGGUGUGGCCAUCGAUACAAAGCUAUUUCCGCCAAACCAGACCUUCACCUACGUACACAACGAAGACGCCUUCAAGUGUAUAGAGAUGCGAACGGAUCGUCCCUGGACAUAUCAAUUGGACCUGUUUGGUCUGGUGGGUGUAAUGCAUGUGCUCCUCUUCGGUCGUUAUAUGGAGGUGGUCCAACGCCCGCCCAUGAACGUUUGGAUGCCGAAGACUCAGUUGCCACGCUACCUAAAUCGACAAGUUUGGGAUUCUGUUUUUCGCACGCUAUUGAAUGUGCGUGAUUGUCGCUCCAUGCCCGAUUUGCAGGAGUUACGCACUCAGCUAAAAUCGGCGCUGGCAGAAAAGGAUAAAUUUGUUGCCGAGGCCAUAUCGAAAUUCAAUAAGAUACUGAAAAUGUAAUUAGAGACACAUUUAGUGGCUUCAUUUAAAUGCAACUAUUGGAAAUACUAUAAUUUAUUUUAUUGCCUUUGCAAUCAAAUUUAGGUUUAAAGGUAAUUUGUUGAUGGAUUAAUUUGUUGCCGAGGCCAUAUCCAAAAUCAAUAAGAUAUUUGAAUGUAAU